AUGGAAUUGAACAUUCAAAUGCUUCUUUGCUCUUACUUAAAUGGCUGCAGCCCAUGUUUUAAAGUCCAAAUUGAUACAGCAGUGAAUGUGACAGCUGUAGACUGGUCCAGUUGUACAGACACAAGAGAGUUCAACAUGACUGUGACAAACUCAGACUCUGUUGUGUUGUACAGAAAUUCAACGACCUGCUGCUCGGGAAAUCUUACAAUCUACUACAGUAUCGGGAAUGGUAUGACUUCACAGACUUUAGAUAUGACGAAAAAAAGUUCCUCAAACACUGUGACGGACACUGGAGUCGAUAACAGAGCACAGAAUACAACAGAAACUGACCAGUUGGAGAAAAAUAGGACUAAAGCUUACUCUAACGCUUUGGUUGCUGCCAUUAUUAUAUUGUCAUGUGUCAGUGUGAUCAUCUUCCUUGCGCUUGCCUUUUUUAGUCUGAGACAUACCCCACGUUUUAACAUCACUGCGUGUCUCUUACGCUGA